AUGUCCGCUGCGGUCGGCAAUCCGUUGGGCGGGCAGCUGCGCUGCGGCGGCGACGCAGAUGGGCGCGCGUCGUCACCGGAGCCGUCCGACUCAGAGGUGGCGAUGGCCCUGCAGGCCAGCCUGGCGGCGCCAGCCGGCCCCCCGGCGGAGCUGCCAGACGCCGACCCGGCGGGGCUGUCGGACGCCGACCUGGCGAGGGCCUUGCAGGCCAGGCUGGCGGGCCUCGCCCCCGGCGGCCGCUCUGCCGGCGGGGAGGCCGCGGGCGGCCGCCGCGCGGCGCGUCAUCCGCGUGCGCGAGCGCGGGGCCGCCGCGCCCGCGGCGGCCUCGCCCGCGGCCGCCGCUCUGCGCGCGCGAGCGCGCGCGGAGCCGCCGCCGCGGCGGCGGCGGCCGCGCCCGCGGCGGCGCACCGGCCGUGCCCUCGCGGCGAGCCGCGGGCGGCCAUGGCGGCGCCCGCCGCGCCGGCGGUGCGGCGACCGCGCGGCAGCGCCCCCUCGGGGGCGGCGCGGCCGACUGGGGCGGCCGUGCCCGCGCCGGCACCCCCGCCGCGGGAGGCCGCGCCGCCGCGGCCGCCGCUUCCAGAGGCGCGGGUGGCGGCGCGCACGGCGCGGCCGCGCAGCACCGCGCGGGCAGGCCUGCGGCGGGGCGCUGCUGCGCCAGCCGUGCCCUCGCCCCCGCCGCUGGACGCCGAGCCGCCGUCCUCGCCCCUUGCAGAGGCCCACGGCCUCGGGGCCACGGGCACGCCCUCGGCGGAGGCGUCGGACGCCGAGCUGGUCCGUGGCCUGCGGGCGCGUAUUGCGGGCAAGGCGUCGGGUGAUCGCUCCCGGCUGGCGCCACGCCCGCCGACUCCUCUGUUCGUGCUGUUCGUGGCUUGCGGCACCUUGGACCAGUACUGGAGCCUCGUGGCCGCCUCGCAGACUUGCCGGGCCUGGCCCGACUGCCCGCUGCACGGCGACGGAGCCCCCUCCUGCAGGUCCCAGAGGCCCCUGCGGGAGGUCGUGGUGCGCCUGGGCGAGCGGCGUGCGGCCCCCGUGCGCGUCGUGCGCAGCGGGGCCCUGCUGCUGCACCUCCGCGGCUCCUUCGACCGGUUCGCGCUGCUCAGCAUCGCCGGGGCCGCCGGGGACGUCGGCGUGGAGCCCGCGCUGCGGGCCGGGGUCGAGGUCUGCGGGGAGCCCUGGAGCUUCUUCGGCUGCAGCAGCUCGAUGCUCCGGGCGGAGCCCCGGCGGGUCUACCUCAUGAGGGGGAGCGCGGAGGCCGUCGAUGCCUUCAGGGCAGCUUGCUUCCCCGAGCUCUGGAGCAAAGCCUUUCCGAAGCAGCUCAAGUACGCGGGCCUGCUCAUGUCCCAGUGCCGUGCCGUCAUGCCGCUGCCAGAUGAAGUGGACAUCCAGAGCAUUGACGACGUGGAGCGCAACGGCCAUUGCUUCACGGAUGGCUGUGGAUCGAUAUCGUUGCCGCUGGCAUUGCGGUUUCAGCAGCAGUUAGAGUUGGAGUGGUGCCCGUCCGUUUGGCAAAUCCGCUAUUGUGGUCAUGGGCAUAUUUGCAAGGGCAUUCUCUUAUUGGACAAGCGUGCAGGCGGCUGUACGAUCAGACUCCGCAAGUCGAUGCAAAAGGCGUUGAUAGGUGCUGAGCUGGAGGUGUUAAGCACUCUCAUUGGGAUCGUUGGCUGGAGCAAACCGCACACCCUAGCCAAGCUGAAUCAGCAGGCUGUCGCGCUGCUCUCACAUGCUGUUCCUGAGACCGUGCUGGAGGAGAUGCACGCCAAGCACAUGAGCGCCUUGUAUUGUGCAGACACCUGUCCCGCUGCAGCCCUCACGCUCCUCAGCCAGUCUCGUGCUACGGCGCUCUGGCAGAAGCUUUGCCUGGCCACCACACGCAAAGCGUUCCAGGAGUUGCUGGACUUGCGCGCAUCGGUACUACGCGCCAAAGACGGAACCAUGCUGAAUCUCAGCAUCCCUGUGGCGGACUCGCGCAUCCUCUUUGGCGCGUGCGACCCGGAGCUCCAGCUGGAGGAAAACACAUGCUACGUGUGUGUGACGGUCGGCGAGACACGCAGGGUCAUAACUGGUCCUGUUGUCAUCUACAGAAGCCCGUCGUACAGUCCAGGAGACAUCCGCGUGCUGCAGGCAGUGGACAUUGGGGGGGAGGUUCUUGAGGACUGCAUCCUAUUUAGUGCCAGCGGUACUCGGCCUGCAGCUGACACGAUGUCAGGAGGUGACUUGGACGGGGACUUGUUUGCAGUUUUCUGGGAUGCGAGAAUUACACGCUAUGCAAGCAGCUUGGAAGCCGUAGCACCUCCAGACUAUUCCGCGCCACCGCGCACCACAGUUGAUGGCCCCGGAGACAUUAUCGAGUACAUCACUCACUCGGAGCAGUCCUUGCUUGGCCGCAUCGACGCGCUCUUCUGGCGCUUUGCGUCUUCACAGGGGGUCGCGUCCCCAGGUUGCACGGCGCUCUCAAGCAUCUUCUCGAGGGCGGUUGACAAGCACCCCGAGGAUUCUGCGCAGUUGGAUGAGCUCGAGCGGGGAGCCCCGCUGCCCGGGGUUUUCGCGGGGCCCUGGGGGGGGCGCGGGGCCUGGAGCACACCGGCGGCUGUGGCGAGCAGCGGGCUCCAGCUGACCCCCUCGCUGCACCCCCUUCUGCGGUUGUCGCCGGCCCUGCGCUGGGAGGGAAGCAGAGUGGGCGGGAGGCACGCUGAGCGCUGCAGGGUGCGGCGGCGGAUGUUCGAGCAAGCGCGAUUGGCUGAUUCUGGCUGCAUCGCGUGCUCCUGCGUCGCGCAAGCGGGCAUCGGACAGCAGUCCUCUUGUUCUUUCGAUUGCGAGAACACGAAGUGCCCAAAGUCCCACCCCGCACCUCUUGUGUGGAUCGCUGCAUGGAGAGCUCGGGCCCAUGAGCAGCUCCGCUCAGAUGACGUCCCAGUCAUGCGCGAGUGCAAGGUCGCAGAGCGCGUGGUCCAGCAGAUAUAUGGAAGGCUCCAGGAGCUGCGUAGUAAUGUCGCUGCAGCUGAGACCGCCGCAGCGGCUAGAGUGGAGCGCGUUGGCGAGCCUGGCAGCGCUGAGGCGCGGUUGGCCGAAGCGAUUGACGCCUACGAGGCGGCCAAGAGCGGCAGAACAUGGCGUGAGUUGGAUGAACUGGCGCAGAAGGCGUUGCUGGCACUGCAGAGCGUGAGAGCCGAGCAGGCGGGCACAGAGGCGGAGUUGCGCUCCGUGCGGGCGCCAGCGGCUCGCCUGGAGGCGGCGAGCACACAGAUCGCAUGGACGGCCAGACCAGGGGGCACCCUGCGGCAGGCCUUGCAGGCCUGGCGGCGCCAGGCCGAGAGGCAGGUGAGGGCGACCGUUCUUGAGGCUCGGGCUGCGGAGCUGCGGGCCGAGGCCUCGCGCCUCGAGAGGGAGAGGCGAGCCUGCGAGGCCUGCCGCGAUGCCAGCUACUCGGAGGCCGCCGCUGCACAGGCGACGGCGGCAGCGGAGGCGGCGGAGGCUGCGAUGCACACGGUGCACGCCGCACUCGAGAGUUUCGCCGCUCGCGUGUCACGCUCCGCUAAGGGGUUGACGGGGGGCUCCCAGGAGGAGCUAUCUGCCAGCAAUGCGGAGCUGCGAUCGGCGCUCACCCGCGAGCGUCGCCGACUGCUCCACCCCCUUCCGGUGCACCAGUGCCGCCAGGAUCUGUUGCAGGCGUUACGGAGGGACCAUGCGGUGGUGCUCACAGCAGGCACUGGCAGCGGCAAGUCGACACAGGUGCCAGGCUUCCUCGUUGACGAUCUGGACCUGAAUGGCCCAGUGGUGUGUACGCAACCGCGACGUCUCGCAGCGAGGUCCCUGGCAGAGAGGGUCGCCGAGGAGUUUGACACUGAGCUCGGCGGCCUGGUCGGCUACCACGUUGGCUCCCGUGGUGGCGGUGGAGUCGACGCGCGGCGGGCAUCCGCUCAGACAGCGCUCCUCUUCGUGACCGACGGUCUGCUGCUGCACAACACGCGGCUCCACGCGGGAGCCAUUGUGGUCGACGAGGCGCACGAGCGAAGCAAGGACACGGACCUCAUCUUAGCUCGCUGGCGCCAGCAGCGCUCCAGCGGCGCCGAGGUACCGCCGCUGGUUGUCAUGUCGGCUUCCAUCGACGCUGGGCGCAUCUCGGGGUAUCUGCGGUGCACGGCCAUCGACGUGCCAGGCCGCCUGCACGACGUGGACGUCUCCUACUCGCCCCCGGACGGGCAGGGAGAGGAGGGCGAGGGCGAGCUGGACGAAGAGGUCACCGUGGCGCGCCUCGUGGACCACGCCUGCCGGCUGCUCUACGAGCGCGUGGUCGAGGCGGGCGCGCCCGAGGGCGACGUGCUGAUCUUCUUGCCCGGCUGCGCCGAGGUCGAGGCCUGCGUCGCGCAGAUCGAGGAGCGCGAGCGCCUGCGCUCGCCCUGGGCGGCCGCCGACCGGAGGUCCCGCGGGCGGGGCGGAGGCGCUGCGCCCGACGGCGGCGCGGCCGGCUCCGCGCAGGGCGCCGCCGCGUCGGGCUCGCCAGCGGCGGCGCCGCUGGGCGCGGCGGAGCUGAGGAAGCUCCCCGAGAUGUGCGUCGACGAGGAUGGCGGCGCAGACCGGGAGGAGAGGCAGCUGAGCAUAGACGCGGAGCGGCUUGGGCGCGCGGAGAGACGGCUCGGAGAGGAGAGGAUGAUGCAGAGGGGUGCCAUGCAGGACUUGGCUUCCAAGGAGAAGGCUCUCAAGCGCCAGCUGCUGCAGGCAAUGGGCCCCAUGGCCGCUCGUCGUCUGAGCGCAAAGCGGAGGAAGAUUGACGAUGAGAGGGGGGAGUUGCAAGCGAGGCAGGCCGAGCUGACUGCUGAGUACCUAGCGCACCGAUUGUCCUGGCAGAAACACCUGAACCAGUGUGCCAGCAAGCGGCUACAGGACGGGCUCGGGCGAUCUCGAGGUGAGGUGUUGCACGCAUUUCCUCUGUUCAGCGCGCUGGAGGCCGCGCGACAGGAUCGCGCCAUCCAGUUCCACUGCCGCAGGAACUGUGGCAGCGCCUACGUGCGGAAGGUCGUCUGCUGCACCAACAUAGCGGAGACCUCCCUCACGAUCCCCGGGGUGCGGUACGUGAUCGACGCCGGCGUCGCAAGGCAGGUGAAGUUCGACCACGAGCUCCGCUGCAGCUCCCUCUGCCUCGUGAAGACGUCAAAGGCCGCAGCCACGCAGCGCGCUGGCCGAGCUGGGCGCGUGGCUCAUGGCUGGUGCUUCCGGCUCUUCUCCUCCGAGGACUUCGACCAGCGCAGGGCCUUUGAGCCCCCAGAGAUGGAGAAGAUCCCCGUGGAGAGGCUGCUGCUGCACCUGUGCACCCACGGCUUUGAUAUCUCGGGGGACCUCGGCCUGCUGGAUCCCCCGCCGCCUGCGGCGGUGGCCGCCGCCAAGCAGGCUCUGGUGGACCUCGGCUUCCUGAGGGAGGACGGCUGCACCCUGACCGAGGACGGGCGCAUCGCGGCGCGCCUCGAUCUCGGGCUGCCAUGGAGCGCGAGGAUGCUGCUGGAGAGCGGGGCGUUGCAGUGCACGGGCCGCGCGCUGCUCCUCGCCGCGCUGCUGGAGGACACUCAGGUGCGGUGGCGCCCGGAGCACGCAGAGUUCUUUUCGCCCAAGGGGGACCCGUUCUCGCUGCUGAACCUCUGGGCGGCCUUCGAUAAGCAGCCUCGCCACGCGCGGGAGGAGUGGUGCCGGCAGCGGAGGAUCUGCAGGGACGAGUUCGCCCUCGUGCGUGGCACCGCGGAGCGGCUCCGGAGGUCGAUGGUGCAGCAGGGGCGCCCGGGCGGCGGCGAGGGCACCGACGGGGCGCUGAUGCGCGCCCUGGUCCGCGGCUUCUUCCAGUUUUUCGCCGUGCACCACGACGAGAGGUUCCCCAGGGCAGGAUACUCCGUGCUGACGCCGCUGCUCCGGGCGGCCCAGCCGGCGGCAGACGAGCCCGAGCCUGGAGAUGGCGGUGGCGGCCUGGGAGCCACCGGAGGCGGCUCUGGGAGCAUCGGAGACGCCUCGGCCAAGAUCAGGAACGAGCUCUGCGGUGGUGCAACGCCUGUCCAGGGUUCGCAGGGUGAUGGUGGCGAGCGCGAGGGGGGCCCUGCCCAGCUGCUGAAGGUGGACCUGUGCAGCUGCUCGUCCCUGCGGUUGCAGGGGGAUUGCCUGACGUCAUGGGUCUUGUUUGCGCAGCUGCGUUCGACUCGCACCAGGAUUGUGAUGAGUUCGACUUGUGCGGUGACACCCGCGAUGUUGAUCGAGGAGGCGCCUGGGACGUGGCGCGAAAGAGUUCACUUGCAAGAUUAUCUCGAUGGCGGAGACUUGUCCUUGCUGAAGAAAGCUGUAUUCCGCCACGUGGGGCCCGCUGUCAUGAGACGCCUUCUGCGCGACAGGUGGCAGCUUGUAAAGGAAGUGGAGCAAGUUUCUGGUGCUCGGUGGCGGAUUUCCGGUCUUCGAGCUCUCGCUCAUAUACGCGUGGGGCACGGGCCCCGAGGUGCGGAAGGCCAUCGCGGUCCUGGCGCCCGCCCUGCAGGCUGCGAGGGAGGCCUGCCUAAAGCCGACGCAGUGGUUCUGCCCAUACCCGCACGUGCGCUGCCUGCUUGGCCCGCGGAAGCUCGAAAGCCCGCGAUGCGCUGCCGCCCCAGGCGCCCAUGUCCUCGGCGCACCCGUCCACCAGGCGGGAAGAGACCCGAGCGCGGGCGGCGCUACGGCGCCUGGCACCGCGCCAGCGCCUCGGGCAGCUGCGGAGGAGGUCGAGGUGCUGCCGGCAAGGCUGCCGGAGCAGGGGAAGCCCCGGUCCCAGGCAGCAUCGAGGAAGAGAAGCCUGCAGCAGCAUCCGAGUGA